UAGAAUUAGAAAUCUCUUUGAAGUCUCAACAAAGAUGGCCUCCAACAACAUUAAAGCAUCCUUCGCAGUCGUGUUCGUGUUCGUGCUUACUUUGAAUGCUUUUAUUGGCGGUAUUGAUGCAGCCGGGGAGUGUGGGAAGACCCCGAUUAGGACCGCAGCGGCUAGCUUGAGCCCUUGCUUGAACGCAGCUGGGAAUGCUAGCGCUAAAGUUCCACCAGCUUGUUGUACCAAAAUUAGUGCUUUGAUCAAGACUUCACCCAAAUGCCUUUGUGCUGUUUUGUUGUCACCUUUGGCAAAGCAAGCAGGGAUCAAGCCCGCGAUUGGUAUUACUGUUCCAAAGCGAUGCAACAUCAGGAACCGACCGGUUGGAAAGAAGUGUGGAAGGUACACCGUCCCAUGAGAAUCGAAGCCCGUAGAGUCACCCACGAGAAGAGAAAUAGCAAUCAUAUGUUUAUGAAUAUUAAUAGUGCUAAAUAAGAGUUUUUUCUCUCUCUUUUUUUUUUUUAAUUUAAGAAGAUAUGCUAAAUAAUUAAGAGUUGCCAGACCCUUAUAGAGGGUCAUGCUCUGCUAGAUACUGGACCCAUUAAAGCAGUUGUAAUCAUAAGGUAUUGUAUAAUAAGAUUUUAAUAACAGAUGUCUUUAUAUUUCUAGCAAAAAAAAAUUCAGAUAUCUUUAUCGGGGAAGAUUGUUCUGAUUCC